AUGAUUCAUGCCCUUGCCCGUGACCCCGGCAGAUACAUUUCUCGCGUAGUAGCAGUGAGACCACACGUCAGCACACUAAUCGUCGCACAUUCACCGCAAUUGCCGUUUGUCCCUUUUCUUGCGUAUGAUAAUAACCGCUUUCAUCGUCGCACAGCGUCUCUUGUGGUGAUAUUUAUGGCGUUCCUGCUGGUGCCAGCAGCAGGCGCGGCAGUACUGGGAUUCAAAGCCCUGAUUGGAAAAAAGAAGGCAGCCGACAGCUCAUCGGCCGAGAAGCUCGUAGGCGACGACAAGGCUGAUAAUGAAAACCCCCUGACUAGCAGUUUCCCAGUCAAAGGCUCAAGCGAAAUGGAUAAUGCCGGCGACUCGGACGCCGAGAUGGAUAAAUCCGACGGUCCAGAUUCACGCGAGGGAGCAGGCGCGCAGCCGCAGCAGCCGCCGGAUGGAGGAUCUAACUUCACCGGAGCAGCAGACGUAGGUUCAAGCGGCGAGGCGGACGCGAAUCCGGGCGGCGCGACAGACGCCAAUUUUCUUGUGGCUAAGGAAACGAUGGCGGUAACUGCACCGGAGACCAUGGCUGGUAGACUGUCCAAGUGUACAUUCCACGAGGAGAAGGAACAGCGAGCAUCAGGCAACGAGCUGCCGUCCUCCGGACCCAAUCCGACAAACGAAUCUGUCGUGGACAAUGCGGGUGCAUCCGAGAACGACGGCGCUCGCGACGGCCGCAACGACGGUCGCUCGACCGGAUUGGCGGAGAAUCCCGCCGCAGAGCCCCUGACGCCUCCCGAGGUGCCUCAGAACCACGCUUCACAGCCGCUGAUGGCCUUAAAACCCGUGCCGUUGCCGGAGCAUGCGUGCGCGGAAGAUGCGGGGAAGAUAGAGGCGGAGGAGUUGGAACUGCUGGCCAUGAUCGGCGCGAUUCAGGGGAAGCCGGCGCGAGAGAACGCGCAAUGCGGGGCUCGUGACGCGGCGAAGGCGGGGAGUGGAAUGUGUUGCACGAAGAAUGCAGGCGAGCUUAUCGGAGAAAAAGCAGGCAACGGUGGUUCAGCAGGCGGGAUUGCCUUUGCGAAUACUACGGAUGAUACUGCAGAGGGUAAAGCAGCAGAAUCGUCUGUUGCGGAAGCAGCAGUUUCAUCUGUGGCCGUCACAGCUUCGCUGUCCCCCCAGCCCGCCGUUCCCGAGGACUCGCUUCCGGCGGAGCGAGUCGGAAGCCGCGGAGAGGCGGAGGGCAAGCGCGCGGAGCUGUCGGAGCUGCAGCGCGAGCUGCGGGAGCUGGGGGCGGCGCUACAGGCGGAGGCGGAGAGGGAGCGCGUGCUAGAGAGCGAUAUAGAGGCGUCGGAAAACGAGCGGGGGGAGGGGGAGGAGCCGAGUGCGGAAGAGAGCACAGCGGAAGGAGGCGGGGAAACAGCGGGCAGCAGGACCGCGGGAGAAGGCGGAGGGAGGGAGAAUUGCGCGAACGGUAACGGGAUUCGAGCCUCCUGUGAAGAAUCUGAGGGAAGCAACAGCGCCGUGGACGUGCGCAGUGGCAAAUGCUUUGGCGUCUCGCAGUUGGGACAAGAGCUCGCUAAAGACUCGCACUGUGCUGCUGGUUGCUUACAUGGGAGCGUCGAAAGCCUCGAGAGCGGAGUGCAAGUGAGAGAGAGGCCAGGUGCGGGGAAGCACGGCGCGCGGAAUGGUCGCGGGAGCAGCGUUUGGAAGAAUGCGGCGCAUGGGAGGGGCCGUGGGUGGGUUGCGCUUGCGCCGCACGGUGUGCGCGGAGUUCCGGAGAUGGCCGCGGUGGUGAAAGGACGUGAGCAGCAGGGGCAGCAGCGGGAGUGGGAGGCUGAGCGGCGGAUUCGGCGGGCGGAGGCGGUGGGGAAGAAGCGCGCAGACGAGGAGAGAGGCGCGGAGAAAGGGGGAAAUGAGAAGCGGCUGCGGGAGGUGGAGAGGAGGGAGAGAGAGCUGGAGGAGUGGCAGAAAAGGAUGGUGGAGCGAGAGAAAGAGGUGGAGGAGAGAGGAAGAGAGGUGGAAGAGAAUAGAAGGCAGGUGGAGGAAGAGCGAGGGAGGGUUCAGAUGGAGAGAGAGGAGGUGAUGGUGAUGCGGCAAGCGAAUGAUGAGAAGAAGAAAGAGGUGGAGAGAUGGGCGGGGGAGGUGAGGGGUGCGGAGGCAGCGGUUAAGGUGCGGGAGGAGGAGGUGGAUUGGCGGGGGGUGGUGGUUGGGAAGCGAGAGGAGGACGUUGCGGGGCGAGAGGAGGUCGUGGGUCGUCGGGAGGAGAAGGUGGUUGCACGAGAGGAAGCGGUGAUGCGGCGAGAGGAGGAGGCUGAUAGGAGGACGCUUGAGGUGGAGAGGAGGGAGGAGGAGGUGGUGGAUAGGCGGAGAAUGAUGGAAGGGGAAUUGGAGAAGUUAGCAGGGGAAUUGGCGCAGGUGGAGAAACUGAGAGGGGCAUGCGCGGAGAAAGAGGCAAAGGUGGAGAGGCGAGGAGAGGAGGUGAAGGGACGAGAGGAGGAGGUGAAGAGAAGGGAAGAGGAGGUGGAGAGGCGAGAGGAGGAGGUUAAAGGGCGCGGUAAGCAAGUAGGCGAGCGGGAGAAGGAGGUGGAGAAGCGGUUCUGUGAGGUGAAGGGUCGAUUGGCAGAGGUGGAAGCGGAAGCGGACGAGGUAAGGGGACGCGUGAAGGAGGUGGAAGAGAGGGAGGGGGCUGUGGGGAGGAAGGAGGAGGAUUUGAAGCUUAAAGAGGAACAGAUUGUGAUGGCGGAGGGAGAGGUGGUGAGGAGAGAGGGGGAUUUAAAGCUGAGAGAGGACAAAGUAUCGCAGAAAGAGGAUGAGUUUAAGGGGAAGGAGGAGGCGGUGGAGAGGAGGGAAAGGGAGUUGGAGGAGAGAGGGGAGGAAGUGGCGAGGCGAGAGAAGGAGGUGCAGCAGCAGCGGCUGAGUUUGGACGAGAAAAUGAGGGAGGUGGAGGAGAGAGAACGUGAGGUAGGGGUACGGGAGGUGGGAGUCACGGUGAGGGAGGGACAGGUGGAGCAGGAGAAGGAGGAGGUUCAGAAGAGGGAAGCAGAGGUGGGUUUACGAGAGGAGGAGGUGGCGAGAAGGGAAAGAGACGUUGCUGAGAAGGAGGAGGAAGUGAGGAGAAGAGAGGGAGUGGUUGAGGAGAAGGAGAGGAGGGUGGAGGAGGAGAUUGAGUGGGUGAGGGAGGCGAUGGGGCGGGUGGCGAGGGGGGCGGCUGGGAACGUGGAGAAGGAAGCAGAGGUGGAGGAGGCGAGGAGAGAGGUGAGGGAGAGGGAGGAGCGGGUGGAGGGGCGACGGCAGGAGGUGGAGCGGCAGGAGCAGGAGGUGCAGGCGCGGGCAGAGCAGGUGCAACGGCUGCUGGCGGAAGUGGAAACGCGAGAGAAGGCCAUGGCUGAACGAGAGAAGGCCGUGGGCUUGGCUGAACGUAACGAGAGGGAGGUGGCAAAGGUGAUGGUGGUGAUGGGAAGGAAAGAGGCGGAGUGGAAGGAGAGGGAGGCGCAGCUGCAAGCAGAGGUGAAGGAACUGCAGAGGGAGAAGGAGGUGAUGCAGGAGAAGGAGCGGGAAGCGGAUGUUGGGAGGGGGGUGAGUGGGAUGGAGGAGCAGAUGAGAGAGUUGAUGGAGAGGAGGGAGAAGAUGGAGUUGCGAGAAGGGGAGCUUGUGGAGUGGGAGGGGAGGGUUAAGAGGCGAGAACUGGAGGUGGAGGGAAGAGAGAGGGCGGUGGAAGGGAGAGAGGAGGCGAUGGGGGAGAGGGAGAGGGCAUUGGAGGACAGGGAGGAGAGAGUGGGGGAGAGAGAGAGGGAGGUGGAUGGGAGAGAGAAGGAGGUGGGGGAGAAAGAGAAAAAGGUGAAGGAGAGAGAAGAGAAGGUGAGUGUAAAGGAGGCGGAGGUGAGAGCAGCAGAGGAGGAGGUGGGUGCACGGGCGAGGCUGGUGGAAGAAGAUACAGUGAAGGUGUGUGGAGACAUGGUCCGUGCAGAGGUGCUGCUGAGUGAGGCCCAGGGACGAGCUGCAGAGGUGGAGAAACGAGCGGCGGAGGUGGAAAGACGAGAAGCCGAGGUGGAAAAGCGUGAGGCGGACGUUGAGAAACGCGAAACUGGGUUGAAGGAGAGAGAGGACGAGGUGGAAAGGAGAGAGGAAGUGAGGGCUGCUAAGUUGCAGCGGAGGGAGGAGGAGGUGGGACAGCGAGAGAAGGAGGUGGAGAAGCGAGAGGAAGAGGUGGGUUCGGCGCGGAGGAGCGUGCGGGCGAAAGAGGAGGUGGUGGAUAGGCAGCUUCGGAUGGUGAUGGAGAGACAGGAGGAUGUGGCACGGAGGGAGGAGCAGAUGAGAGACGACGAGGAGGAAAAGGGGAGGGAGGAGGAGACCGCGACGAGAAAACGAGUUUUGGAGUUAGAGAGGAGGGUCGAGGAGAGGGAGGUUGAGGUGGCUGAAAGGGAAAGGAAGGUGGCUGAGAGAGAGGAGCAGGUGAGGAGGAGAGUUGUUGGGUGUGCAGCGAAGGAGGAUGAGGUGGAGGAGAGGGAGAAGAGGGUGGAGGAGGAGAUAGAGGGGAUGAGGGAGGCAAUGGGGCGGGUGGCGAAGGGUGCGGCUGGGAACGUGGAGAAGGAAGCAGAGGUGGAGGAGGCGAGGAGGGAGGUGAGGGAGAGGGAGGAGCAGGUGGAGGGGAGACGGCAGGAGGUGGAGCGGCAGGAGCAGGAGGUGCAGGCGCGGGCAGAGCAGGUGCAACGGCUGCUGGCGGACGUGGAAACGCGCGAGCAGGCUGUGGCUACGCGCGAGAAGGCCGUGACUGUGGCUGAACGGGAGAGUCCUCUGAUAGGGGAGAGGAAUGAAGUAGACGCAGCAGCUGUCAAGUGCCAGGGCAUGGGAAGUGGAGAAGUGGGUGGGUCAGUAAAACGUGUGGCUGAACUGGAAGAGGAGCUGGAGCGGCAGCAGUGUGCUAUGAUGAAGAUGGAAGCGCUCGUUGCUGCUGCUACUGCUGAGAUGAAGGACCUGAUGCGGCAGAAAGAAACAGCAGAGGAGAAGCUUCGAGAGGCAAUUGAGAGAGCGGAGAGGGAGCGGGAGAAGGAGAGGGAGAGGGAGAAGGAAAGGGAGAAGGAGCGGGAGAGGGUGUCGCAGCAGAGGCGAGAGCAGGAGGAGAAGGAGAAGGAGCUGGAGGGGAGAGAGGCGGAAGUGGAGGAGGGUAUGGGAGAGGUGAAGAGGAGGGAGGUGGCGCUGGUGGUGAGGGAACUGCGGGUGGAAGCAGAGUCUGAGGCGCUAGGAAGGGAGAUGGAUAGACUGGCAGCCAUGGCUGCUGCGAAUGCGGAAAAGGCGUGUGAGCUGGAUGAGAAGAGAGAGGUGGUGGAUCAGAGGGAAGAGGAGGUUGGGAGGAGGGAGGCUGAGGUGGGGCGAAGGAUGGAGGAGGUGGAGAGGAGGGAGAAGGAGGUGGAGGAUGCUGUGAGGAGUAAGGGAAGGGAAGCAGGGGAGGAGGCAAAGGCGGAGUGUGAGAGGCUGAAGGUGGAAGUGCAGCGGUUGAGAGAAGAGGUUGAGAGGGCUGAGGAGAGGUUGAGUAAGGCGAGGGAGGAGGUUAAGCGGGCGGACGAAGAGGUGGCGGUGCUUACUGUGCGGACAGCUGAGAGGCGUGAUGCGGAGGAGAGGUUGAGAGGAGAGGUUAGUAGGCUCCAGAAGGAAAUUGGGCAGCUGAAGGAGAGAAUGAAGGAGAGAGAGUGUGAGAGCAGCAAGAUGGGCGAGGUGCUGAGGAGGCGAGAGGCGGAGAUAGAGAGGCAGGAGGAGGAGGUGAGGAAGAGAGUGAAGGAGGUUAUGGAUAAAGCAGCGAGGAUGGAGGAGAUGAGGAGGGAAGCCAAGGCUGGGGCUGAUAAGAGGAGCUCAGAUGUGGAGAUGCGGUGGAGAGAGGUGGAGAUGAAGGAGAGAGAGGUGGACAAGCGGAUGGCGCUGCUGCGGAAGAAAGAGGCAGAGAAGGAGAAGGAGCUAGAGGAGGAGACGGAGAGAGUGCAGGCUGCUACAGCUCGAGUGGCUAAGGGGCUAGUGGCUAAUGCUGCUAAGGAGGCUGAGUUGGAAGGGAUGAGGCGGGAGGUGGAAGAGCAGGGGAAGAAGGUUUGGAAGAUGGAGGAGGAGAUGGGGGUGGUGAUGGAGAGUGUGAGGAAGAAGGAGGAGGAGGUGGUGAGGCGGAUGGUGGAGUUUGAGGAGAGGAUUGAGGCGUUGGCCGUGCGGGAGAGGGAGGUGGAGUGGUGGAAGGAAGAGGUGGAGAGAGUGAGGAAACAGGCUGCUGAAGUGGCCCAGGCAAGGGCUGUGAUUGAGGAGAAGGAGAGGGAAAUGAUGGCACUGAGUGAUGCAGUGAGUGCGAAAGAGGAGGUGAUCCGGGCAAAGGAAGAGGAGAUGAAAGGCAGAGAAGAGGGUGUGCGGGUGGAGAAGGAAGAGGUGCGGGCGAAGGAGGAGGGGAUGAAGGCGAGGGAGGAGGAGCUGGAGAGGCGAGAGGAGGAGGUGGUGUUGUGGGAGGAGGAGCUGAAGAAGGAUAAGGAGGAGCUGAAGAAAGAUAAGGAGGAGCUGAAGAAAGAUAAGGAAAAGCUGGCAGAGGAGCUAGCGAGUCAGGGCAGGAGGGAGGUGGAGUGGAAGGAGAGGGAGCGACGGCUGCAGGAAGAGGUGGAGAGGCUGUUGGAGCUGGUGGAGCAAGCAGGAUCGGGAGGAGCAGGAGGAGGGGCAGGAGCAGCAGGAGCAGGAGCAGCAGGAGCAGCAGGAGCAGCAGGAGGAGGAGGGGGGGGCGGUUUGAAGGGAUUCAGGUAUCGCCAGGGGGGCGUGUUGAGGGGGCUCAAUCCACAGGGCCGCGUUUUGAAGGACCGUUAA